AUGACGGACGACGACAUGGUGAAGGUCGGCGUCCUGGUCUCCGAUAACGACGGGCCUGUACGUGUUAUAGGGCCAGUCGGUGGAGGAGCAGUAGCAGCAGACGAAGUGGAGUCAGCUGCUGUUGUUGACGGAACAGACGGAGCUGCUGCUACCGAAGAAACAGGUGUCGCGGGCGAGGAGGCCGGCUGUGUCGCUGCCUGGGGGAUAGGGGACACCGGUGAUGAGCCAGGAGGAGACCGUCCAGAAUUGCUGGAGUCGCACGCACGAGAGGCAGGAGCAGCAGUGGACACGCCACGAGCUGCAGUGGCCAGGCCCGGAGCGGGCGCUUGCAUGCCGCAUGCAGGCACAAAGCCCGAGGUGGAGCCGGCUAAGCCUCCAGCCAAGCCAUUGCAUGGCUCCACGCAGCCCGAGGCGGGGCUAGCUAAAGCUGUUGUAGUGCAUGGUUGCGCGCAGCCCGAGGAGGAGCCAUGCAUGGGCAGCAAGCCAUGCAUAGGGGUCCCUAUAUAUUCCCGCAGCGCGAACCGCCGCGCCGACCUCUUCUCCAUCGCAUUCUCUUCGUCUCCGCCGCUCUUCUCCGUCAAGCUGCCCUCGCCGCCGCCGCCGUCCCUCGCCGUCGCAUCGAUCAACGCCGGCGCCCAUCGUACAUCGCAGAGGUCUCUCCUCCGCCCGCCGCCGUCCUCGCCCGUCGCCGUCCUCGCCGUCGCCUCUCACAUCGAUCCACGCGCGCGCGGCCGGCGCAUGCAUGCUGCGCGCGUCGCGCUCGUCGUGUCCUCGCGCCGCCGGCGACCGCCAUUCGAUCAUCCGAUCACGCGCAUCGCGCCACACGCGUGCCUCGCCGCGCCGACCCCCGCACCUGCGUCGAUCGGCCGGCUCCGGCGGCCCCGGCCUCAGCAGCGUCGCCGCCGCGCGUGA